AUGGAAUCGCUUUCUGAGUCUUCGGCGCCACAGUCGGUCAUUUUGAACGACUACAAGUUGGCGGUUAAGUUUUUCAUGAAUAAGGACUUUGAAAAGUCCUACCAGAUCAUACUGAAGUUGCACAAUGUCGCUUAUCGGAACUUUGCCAAGGGCACAAUCCUGGAAGAGGUGUUUAUUAAGAUUGUCACGUUGUACUUGACGGAGCUUGGGCUUUUGUUGAACUCUAAGGAUGCUGCUUCGAGUUUCCAGCUAUCACGCAAGGAGAAGAAAGAGUUGAUUGGGAAGCUUAGACUGAGCAGUUACCUUGACUCGCUUCAUGAGAUUUAUGGUAGUGUCCGGAAAGUUCCAUCGGAAUUGCUCUACCAGGUAUUUCUUGUCAAUUACUCUUGCCAGCAUGAGAUCAAGCAGAACGACGAGCGCUUCUUGGUUAAGCAGUUCGACAACUUGUACUCGAUGCUUGACUUCCACGGAAAGGCUGACGAUAAGUACUUGAAACGUCUUGUGGACAUGUACAUCUUCAACGUGUUGCCAGACGCUGACGACUUCUAUAAGGCCCAGGACCUUGUGGACUCGAAUCCUCUAGUCGACACUGAGAAGGGCAGAAAGAGGAUAAAAGAGUUGAAGGAAGUGAAGAAGCAGGAGAAGAAGCUUAAGGAUAAGCAGGCCAAGGAGCGUGAAGCCCAGGAAGCACAGAGACUUGCUGACGAACAGGCCAAGAAGAAGGCUGAACAGGAAAACGCCAACUUGAAAUACAAGUCCUUGAAGCAAAUCAAAAGAGAGCAUGAAAAUAGCGAAGAGCUUGAAAGGCAGGGAAGAAGCCCACCAACUACAGGUGACGGCAAAAGCAGCAUUCAACAACUUCGUCACCGUCUCGAGUACCUAAUGCGGUUGACCCAGAGGUUCUGCGAGAAGAACUACCCUUCUCAUUGCCCAGCGUUUCAUUCGUACAAGAAGAAUCAAUGUGCUUGA